AUGAAGUCGACAGUCACACGCUAUCUGAAUGGGCGUAUAUGCGCCUACCGAGUGUCUAAGGAGCCGGAUAACUCGAUAGGACCUGUUGAACCUGCAGCAACGUACAAGGCCGAGCCCGAGUCCAACGAGGAGAUUCACAAGAUCCUAGCUUAUGAUGUCGCCUCGGAUCUAAGCCGCGCUGUCUAUUGCACCCGUAAUAGCGUGGUGUGCGUCGGCCAGGAUGGCGGCGUGCUGUGGCGCUACGAGCUCGAGCCUCACUCGACCGUGCUCCACGGUCAUGUCCCAGACAGCGUCUUCUCCCUUGAUGGGUCUACAGUUUGGGUGUACCGUCCUGACGCCAUGGCUAAUAGAGGUGACGACAAAUGGGUGGCGCUGGGUGCUGAUACGGGCAAGGUGCUCGCGGAGAUGUCUCUGGGGACUGUUGGGCAUGGAGGGCAGCAUGUUCUUCACCCCGACGGUCAGCACAUCUUGCUAGAUGUUGGCGAAGGCCAGGAUGGGAGUAGCAUGUUCCGGGCAACUGUCGCUGGCGAUCAUUUCGGAUUUUACAAGUACGAGUUUGAGGAUCGCGUUCUGAUUGAUAUAGCACCUAAUGGCUGGCACUUCAUGACUGUUAACCACGUUGGAGUCGAUGUCGCAUUUCAAUUAUUUCCAAAUGGCGAGAUGGUAUUGCGCCUUAACCUUGAGGACCUUGGAUAUGCAAAUGAGAGCGAUAAUGAAGAUGAGUUGCAGAUAGACUACAUCGGCGGAUUUCUUGACUCAGAUAUCGCAGUGGUGGCUGUGAACGGGUGGAAUGAUGGAGAGGAGUGGCGCAACUUCCAUAGAGUGGACUUGCGGACUGGCACAGUGAGUGACUGCUUCGAGGCGCACUCUCAAGAAGGAUAUGACUUUGAACCCCUGGGCGACGGCACCUGGAUCACCUCUCGACCAGAUGGUAAUCCCGUACGUUACCGGUGGCCUGACAGCGGCGAAGCCAAGAAACUAUAG